GCGACAGGAGAAGAGGAUACAACCACCACGACUGUACACACUGCUAGACAGCUUUUAAAACACAUACAAUGAAUAUUUUAGACCGUAGACAAUGUGUUCAGUUGCAUACUUUAUAUCGUUGACUUAAGACAGGAAAAAAUACUAAAUUUACUCGAAGUUUCCCGAAAAUUAGCAAAUACUAUCAGAGUCGGUAAGUGACUCGAUGCCGCCAUCUUGUGUCCGUUGGCUGGGAUUUUGCUGUAGGAGGAGAGUAAACCAGCCUGAACUUCAGACCCGAUGAAACUGGUUUUAUGGGUCACCUUUAUGACAGUUUAUAUAUGACACAAAUUCAGUGACAUGUGUUUGUUUCCGGACUUUGAGACGAGGUGAACAGUCGGAGGUUCAGACGAUACCCCUGAGGACAACAACCCAUAGUUCAUGACCUAAAGAUGCAGAAGGAUCAGUGCUGUGUGAAGCUCUCGGUCCAGCCGUCCAGAGGACUCGUGGAUGAGAAGUUUACCAUCUUGGUCCAGAACACGCUGCCUGGUUUCCAGCUGACUCUACACGCCCUCCACCGUAGCGAUGAUGGACACGACUGGGAGGCGUUUGCUCACUACACCGCCGAUAACACGGGGACUGUGAACGUUUCAGAAGAUCCCAGUCUUGGAGGGACGUAUUCUGGUGUUGAACAGAUGGGUCUCAUGUGGAGCCUCAGAACAGUUCCUGGCAGCAAACCUUGGCUCAGGAUGAGAAAGAUGAACGUCCAGACUCCCAUGGUGUUCACAAUCUCCGUGUACCAGGGUCACCAGACGGAGGGCUUCACAGAUCAGGUGCCACUCGGCGGUGUGGUGGUGGAGCGCUGGUAUAUGGCGCCUGGUGUCAAGAGAGAACCAAUCACUGAGGAAGGACUCACUGCGAUUCUCUUCCUGCCCUCAGGACCGGGACCUUUCCCUGCCCUCAUAGACCUCUGGGGGGGUGGAGGGCAGUUGGUGGAGUACCGUGCAUCUCUUCUGGCCUCCAACGGCAUCGCCGCCCUGGCCCUCGACUACCUGACACCAAAAGUUACCAUGGAAACAGGGAAGCCAGUUGAAAAUGAUUAUUUUGAGAAGGCCUAUAAAGUCCUGGAACAACAUCCUCAGAUCCUCGGCAGUAGGAUCGCCAUGUUGGGUCUUUCUUUCGGCACCAGCAUGACCUUCAAAAUGGCCGUUUACUCUCAAGUUAUAAAGCUCAGAUGUGCAGUGUGUGUCAGUGGGAGUCAUGUUCAGCCAGUAGAUGGAUCCGUGAAAGAAAUACUGGGCUACUUCAACAAGAACGCUGAAAAAACUCGCUUCAACGAGGAGAACCAGGCAAUCUGGCAUGAUCUGCUGCUUCCCAUCCCCACAGACCCGGCAUUCAAAGUUGAUGUUGGACGACUUCGGGUUCCUCUGAUGCUGAUAGUUGGAGAGGAUGAUCAGAACUGGCCCGCCCCUGAGUCUGCAAAGGAUAUAAAAGAGAUGAUGGAGCAGGCUGGGAACAGCCACCUGCUGACUGUCUUGUCCUACCCAAACGCUGGUCACCUGAUUGAGCCUCCGUACACGCCGCACGUCCGAGCCACCAACUUUGUAACAGUGGACACACGUCAGAAAAUGGUGGCUCUUUGGGGCGGAGAGAUGGUGGCUCAUUCUCGCGCUCAGGAAGACGCCUGGAGGAAGAUGCUGGUGUUUCUUAGGGAGAAUCUGUACGGUGGCACAAACCCUGAUGCAAUUUCAACGCCGAACCUGUAACAAAGGUGAAAAUAUAGGAUUAUGAGCACAAGAGGCUUCUGCUGAU